AUGGGUGUUACUGGUCUCUGGACAGUUGUCCAGCCCUGCGCCCGACCCAUCAAGCUCGAGACUCUCAAUAAGAAACGGUUGGCUGUCGAUGCGUCGAUCUGGAUCUACCAGUUUCUAAAGGCAGUACGCGACAAGGAAGGAAAUGCGCUACGAAAUUCCCACGUCGUUGGAUUCUUUCGGCGAAUAUGCAAGCUUCUAUACGUGGGCAUCCGCCCGGUCUUUGUUUUUGAUGGCGGCGCUCCAACCCUCAAACGAGAAACGAUAAACCAGAGAAAGCGAAGACGCGAAGGACGAAGAGAGGAUGCUUCGAAAACUGCAGGGAAGCUGCUCGCGGUACAAAUGCAACGGCUCGUAGAAGAAGAAGCGGAAGAGCGAAGGCGGAAUAGGAAGCGAGCCAGAGGAACCGAGGAGGAAGUCACUGGUGCCCCCGUCUAUGCGGAUGAAGCCUUCAUGACCGAACAAGAGAAGCAGAAAUCGAGGAAGUUCAAGAAGACGGAUGCUUACCACUUACCGAACUUGGAUAUCUCACUAGAGGAAAUGGGCGCUCCAAACGAUCCACGGAUCAUGUCCCAGGAAGAAUUGGAGCAAUAUGCAAAGCAGUUCCAUCAGGGCCAAGAUAUCAAUCUCUACGAUUUCUCUAAGAUCGACUUCGAUGGUCCCUUCUUUCUCAGUCUUCCAGCUACCGAUCGCUACAAUAUUUUAAACGCGGCUAGGCUUAGAAGCAGACUGAGAAUGGGUUAUUCCAAAGAACAGUUGGACAUCAUGUUCCCGAAUCGCAUGGACUUUUCCAGGUUCCAAAUCGAGCGAGUCACAGAGCGCAACGAUCUUACACAACGUCUUAUGAAUAUAAAUGGUAUGAACGGAGAAGAGGCAUACUACAAGUCUGGACAGCGGGUCGCCGGCGAGCGUGGCAGAGAAUAUGUUCUUGUCAAGGAUAGUCAACAUGAAGGGGGCUGGGUCCUUGGUGUGGUGGGAAAUAAGGAUCAGGGCCAAGAGGACAAGCCUAUCGACGUUGACAAGAUUGGUCUUCCAGACACGGUAUGGGCCUCUGAUGAGGAUUCCGCUGAAGACGAGUUCGAAGAUGUACCGAUUGAAGGCCUCAAUCGUCUACCUAAACUGCCUGUUUUGCAACAAGGUGUUUUUGACUCCUCACUUCCAAAUGCCAUCGAUAAACUUGAGUCCGAAAGCUGGGUAUCGGAAUUUCAAAGCAAGCAUCUGGAAGAUGAAUCCCUCUUUGUUCCCGCCGAAGACGUCCUUGACAAAAAUGAGUCUUUACGAAAUCGGGACCAAUAUGAAUCUGACGAGGAACUCCAACAAGCUAUACAAUUAUCAAUGCAGCCCAAUCAUGACCAAGAUGAGGCUAUGCUUGAUAUUCCACUUAACCGCCCAAAGGACACGACAACGUCUAACAAGCCUAUGUCUGAUAUAAUUCCCAAUGAGAGUGACGAUGAGGAUGAUGAUAUGAACUUUGCAGCUGCAGUCGCGCAGACUAAGGUCUCCAAAAACAAGCCUAAUAAGAGCCAAUUUGAUGGACCACUCCCCUUUGAAUCAAUCAAACUCACCAAGAAUACCCAAGGAGAGAAACCCGAUCAUCUCGACAAGGAGUCCGGAGGUUUUUUAACGGGGCCUUUACAGAAAUCAAAGAAUUUCGAACCUCUUCCACCUUGGUUUUCGGGUGAGAAGUUAGACGAGCAAUUUAUUAAGGAGACGCCAUUCGACCGUUCCAGCAAGGAUCAAAGCCCAGAAGAGCUAGGACAUCAUUUUCUGUCUAACCAUCGUCCGCCGGAAGUUAUAGACGUCGAUGAGCCAACUAAUUAUAAUGAGGCCGUCGAAUCCCAAAAAGAUUCGAACGAACAAAAUCAAACAGACAGAGACUCACAUGAGAGUGACCUGCUACAUACACAUAUGCCCACCCAGCCUAUGAACGCGAUCCCUGGCGGUGACAAAAUUCAUGAGAGCUUACACCCAAGACACAAUAUCGAAAUCGGCUCUGUGGCGCGAACCUCCUCAAAUCCGGAAUUGGCAGAUAAUACCUUCCAGCCUCCAGGGCCUUAUCUUACGAGUGAACAAGAGAUGGAUAAAGAGCAAUCUCCAGUCGCUGAAAAUUCUCCUCUAAAUGAAUUUGAAGAUGUUCUGCCCCAGGAUAUCACACAAGAAGCAAACAUUGCUCUGGUUGCAGGGUCUAUGGUUCCUACGCCACCUCCUCAUCAUAAUCAAGGCGAAGAAGAUCAAUUUGACUUUAGUGAUCCUGAGGACGAAGAACUCAUGCAACAGCUUGCUGAGGAAUCGGAAGAACAUGCUCGUUUCACACAAGCCUUAAACUCGGCAGCCCCUGUUCAGACGCCUUUUGAUUACGAGCAAGAACUUAAACAACUACGAAAUCAACAACAGAAGGACCGAAGAGAUGCUGAUGAGGUGACGCAAGUAAUGAUCAAUGAAUGCCAACAGUUGCUUCAGCUAUUUGGGCUACCAUAUAUCACGGCGCCAAUGGAAGCUGAAGCGCAGUGCGCGGAGCUUGUCUCUUUGGGACUUGUGGAUGGCAUCGUUACAGAUGACAGCGAUACAUUUCUCUUUGGUGGCACGCGCGUUUAUAAGAACAUGUUCAAUCAAAGCAAAUAUGUGGAAUGUUACUUGACCUCUGACUUUGAAAAGGAAUACUCACUUCACCGUCGCAAACUUAUCAGCUUCGCUCAUUUGUUAGGAAGCGACUACACCGAGGGUAUCCCCGGCAUUGGGCCUGUGACCGCACUGGAAAUAGUGACUGAGUUUCCAAGCCUCGAAGAAUUUCAUGAAUGGUGGACCCAACUUCAAAUGGGCGUAAACAAACAAGAUGACCCACACCUUGCAUUUCGAAAGAAGUUUCGCAAGAAAGCCUCGAAGAUUUUUCUACCGCCUUCAUUCCCAGACGAGCGUGUAGAAAACGCCUAUCUUGAGCCGGAGGUAGAUUCUGAUCCUUCUCAAUUCCAAUGGGGCGUGCCAGACUUGAACGGACUGAGAGCCUUUUUGAUGACGACAAUUGGCUGGAGUCAGGAACGCACUGACGAAGUUUUGGUUCCUGUGAUCCGAGAUAUGAAUCGCAGGGAGCAGGAAGGCACACAGUCAAACAUUACACAUUAUAUGCAAGGUCCUCAGGGUGCUGGUGCAUUCGCACCGCGGGUUCGUAGCACGGGCGUGAGCCGUAUGGAGAAAGCGUUCGGUCGACUUCAGCAGCAAGCUCAGGUGGCUCGUCGCCCAGAUGGUUCGAAUGAACAAGGCCAGUGA